ACUUGGGAUGAAACUUGCCCGAACCUGUUCCAGAACGGUGCCGCUGCAGGUUAUUUUCAUCCUUGCGGUUCGAACCGGGCCAGACGGUUAUGUAAGCCUCGUGGUUCUAGACCCAGAUCUCGGUGUCCAGAACCGCUGGCAGCGCUGCGGCUCAUCCCAUUAGCGGGUUAUUUUCGGAGCGUCGCUGAUUCUCCAGAACCUAAGCGGGUUACACACAGAGCUGUGACUUCUGCUCUGCGGUCACGGCAGCCCGGUUCUGCCGCUCUCUGGGUCCGCGGUACCGGAGCUGCUGCCAUGGGGAACCAUGGCUCCAACCUGGACGACAUCCUGGCCGAGGACAUGCACCACUGGUACAACAAGUUCAUGAAGGAGUCUCCGUCCGGACUCAUCACGCUGUUCGAGCUCAAAGCCAUCCUCAACCUGAAGGGCAUCACGGAGUACGCCAACAGCUACGUGGAGCAGGUCUUCUUCACCUUCGACAUGGACGGGGACGGCUACAUUGACUUUGUGGAGUACAUCGCGGCCAUCAGCCUGCUGCUGAAGGGAGAGAUCAACCAGAAGCUGAAGUGGUACUUCAAGCUGUUCGAUCAGGACGGGAACGGGAAGAUCGAUAAGGACGAGCUGGAGACCAUCUUCACGGCCAUCCAGGACAUCACCCGGAACAGGGACAUCGACCCGGAGGAGAUUGUGACACUCAUCUAUGAGAAGAUUGACGUGAAGGGUGAAGGUGAGCUGACACUGGAGGAGUUCAUCGACGGAGCCAAGGACCACCCAGACAUCAUGGACAUGCUGCGGAACCUAAUGGACCUGACGCCGGUUCUGGAGAUCAUCGUCAAAGGCCGCCAGCCCGCUGUUGAGAACUGACCAAUCGCUGCGGCCACUCCAAAUCGACCAAUCACACGCCAGACUCUGGGAGGACUCCUAAAAUCAACCCAUCCACACUAAUCAAACCCACAGAACUUUAAAUGGAGCCCAGCAGCCGUCCAGUUCUGACCCGACUCAGGAAUAUGUCUGGAUUUUCGGAAGCUGCUGCUGCGGAUCGGACUUUCCGCCAUGAUGGAUUUCAUAUGGCCGGAUGUUUUUACCUUUCACAAAAACAUUUCUGCACUCAUCUCUGAACAGUAUAUUUAGUUAAAAAAAAAUUAUCUUAAAAUAUUUUCAACAUUCCAGAUGUUCAGUAACUGAAGGUCCAAAAUUAAAAGUGUUUUUACAAUAUUUCUUAAAUAAUGAAAACAUUUAUCAACAACCACAAAUCAAAUAUACAAAUCUGCUUUUAAAAAAACAAACCAUUAAUUCUACAAUCAUAAAAUAUUAAGUCAAACCAUUUCCAUGUUUAGAAACUGAUCAGAGGAUAAAUUCUUUUUAGAGUCCGAUUUAUCUUGCGUAGCGUCAGAAGUUUAUCGGCAGGUCUGGAAUCAGUUUGUUAGCUCACCAACAGAAGCUAACUGCUGCGGCUGUCGCACACCUGAUUAACGUUUCCCAUUCAAGGUCACAAACAUGAAGUGAUGUUUCUGAACAAAAUGUUGAGUUCACUUUAACUCACAGAUAAUCGUGAAUUAUGACGGCUCAUUUUAAAGGCUAACGAGUUGCUAGCAAACAGCAUCAUCUGACUGUUUCAGAUUUGGUAUGUGAAUGUUGGCGACUGGGAGGUGAGCAGAGGGAAGUUCAGACUGAAACUGGAGCCUCAGCAGAGUCACUAGUGAAUGGUGCAUCAAGCAGGUGUCAAAGUCAAGGCCCGGGGGCCACAUCUGGCUCACCAUAGCUUUUUCUGAGGGACACAUGAACAGAACCUUCAGGAUAUUCAGGAUAACAGUUGUUAGCUUAAAUAGUCUCAUUUAAUCAAAGCAGUUUUAUCAGUUUACUGCCAGAUACUCUAGGUUUUUUUAUCUGCUGUCGUAGAAACUCCUGUCUAAUCAACAGAUUCCCAAAUGUUUUCAUGCUAAUGUAGAGUUAUGAGUUUACUGCAAAUUUUCCACAAGAACAGUUAAAACAUUAUAUUUAAGUGAUAUAUAAUAUCACUUAAAUAUAUAACAGCCUGACUUGAUGCUAUAAUUCAUGAUCGAUACAGCGAGAAACAAAGGGUCACAUUUACUGUCAAACAUGAGCACAAAUAUGGCUUAAUCUCUAAAUUAUUCUUUCUAAAUUAAUUUUGAUUGCAAAAAAAAAAAAAAAUCAUAAAAUUCUGGUGAAACUGAUCAAUGUCAGAACAGGGGACAAUAUUUCAUUUUAAGAACUUAUGGAUUGUAGACCGUUAUUUAUUAAUAUCAGUUUUUAGUGGGUUUCACAUAUUCAGGUUAUACAUCCAUGAUCUUUAUGCGACUCAGAGUGAAACUGAGUCCGACUCCCUGAUGCAGAGCAACACGUCUGUCCAGGUCAGAUGAUCCACCUCCUUUGCUUCUGCUGCUCCUCCUUAAAGCUCUAAAUAUUAAACAUGUCACCAAAAAACACCCAGAGUCUAAUUCAAACAUUUAAAGACACGGGAUAUCCUGAUACCUGCUGCUCUGAACCAGUGCAUGGAGUUCAGAGCAGAACCGGGUCAGAGCAGAACCGGGAUAUCAGAGUAAAACAGCGCAUUGUGCUGCUGUAGACAG